ACUCUUCUUGGCUUGCCGGAGAAGAGACAGGACGUUAUCACGCGAUUCCAGCCCAUUUUCUCACUUUAACGCCACUCCUGAUUGCCUGAAAAGAAAAGAAAAGAAAAUCAGAGAGAAAAUGGAAAAGUUGGUGCUGAGUCCACCACAUUCUCAGUCCCCACCACCACCACACAAAUCAAUGAACAACACCUCGCGCCGGAGCCUAACCACCACGAGCAUCCACAUAAUGGCCUUAGACAGCAUAGUCAACGUCAACUCUCUCUUCACCCUAGCCGUCUUCCUUGGCCUCGCCCUCAACCCCUCCGACCCAAACUACACCCUCAUCAUCACCACCGCCUGCGCCGCCUCCUCCGCCGUCGCCGAACACCUCGUGGCCUUCCACGUCUACUCCUUCAGCUCCUUCCUCUUCUCCAGCCUCAUCGCCUCCGCCCUCAAACAGGCCAUCAGGACCGCCAAGGACGACGACGACGGCGGCGAUGUGGUGGUGGUGGGCGGCGGCGUUGAGAUGGCGCACCACGUUAAUUUAAAGAUGCUGCGAGCCGGGAUUCUGGCGUCGGCGGCUGGGUCAGCUUCCGGCUGCGUGUUUUUGACGCUGGCGCUGGUUGAUUUGGUUCAGAUAAAGCUUGGGAGUUUGGCUUGUUGGAGCUGGUAUAGCUUGGCUGCCAUUGCUCCACUGGUGAUAUUAGUACCUUUUGCACUUAUCAUAUAUAUAUGUAUAGUUUUACAUGCCUUUGUGUGUUGAAUGUCUAUUAUGUUGAUAACAAUUUGUACUAGCGAUACUGAAAAAAAAAUUCUAUGAUGUUGAUACAUUGAAUAGGUUGUUUUGGGAGGGGAAUGAAUAGAGGUUGAAGAUUUUGAAAUGUAAAUGUGAUU